AAUGGGAGCUGACUGAUAUGGUGGUGUGGGUGACUGGGGCAUCCAGUGGAAUCGGCGAGGAGCUGGCGUACCAGCUCUCUAAACUGGGAGUUUCUCUUGUGCUGUCAGCCAGAAGAGUGGACGAGCUGGAGAGGGUCAAACAAAAAUGCCUCGAAAAUGGCAAUUUAAAAGGAAAAGAUGUACUCGUUUUGCCCCUUGACCUGACCGACAUAAAUUCCCAUGAAGCGGCUACCAAGGCUGUUCUCCAGGAGUUUGGUAAAAUUGACAUUCUGGUCAACAAUGGUGGACGAUCCCAACGUUCUUUGUUCAUAGACACCAGCCUGGAUGUCUACAGAGAGCUCAUGGUGCUGAACUAUCUAGGGACGGUGUCCUUGACAAAGCAUGUUCUGCCUCACAUGAUCGAGAGGAAGCAAGGCAAGAUCUUCACUAUCAACAGCAUCGUAGGUUUCAUGUCUGCACCCCUUGCCAGUGGGUAUUGUGGCAGCAAGCAUGCUCUUCGGGGUUUUUUCAAUAGCCUCCGCAUUGAGCUUGCUGCAUACUACCCUGGUAUAAUAAUUUCUAGCAUUUACCCAGGACCUGUGCAGUCAAAUAUUGUGAAGAAUGCCAUAACUGAAGACCUGAAGGCUUUAGGUAAUGCUGGAGACCAGUCCUUCAAGAUGGCAACCAGUCGUUGUGCCCGGUUGAUUUUAAUUUCUAUGGCCAAUGAUUUGAAAGAUGUCUGGAUCUCUGAUCAUCCCAUUUUGUUUAUGGCGUACUUGGGCCAGUAUAUGCCAAUCUUGACUGGGUGGCUAGCCAACAAAUUAGGAAAGAGAAGAAUUGAGAAUUUUAAGAGUGGCAUGGAUGCAGACACCUCAUAUUUUACAUCCUUGAAGAAAAAGCACAAUUGAAGGAACACUUGGAUUUUUCAAGCUCCUGGAGAGAGACGGAAAACACAAAAAUAACAAUCUUCUUAUACUGAAGGCUAAUUUAUGGUUUUGCUUUUUAAUAGAUGUAACUUUUCUUUCAACAUAAUAGAUGAUGGAUUACCAUGAAUUUUACAAUAAAAUAACACAUAUUCUUAGAUACAGUAUUUUUAAGUAGUGUAGUAUAGAUUCUGGAAGUCAAGGUUUGCAAAAUACUAACCAAAGCAUUGCAGUAAUGUAUUUAACCUAAGUAAAUGAACUAUUUCUCACAAGGCAGAGUGGUUGGCCAUGCACAGUCAGAAAUCGUCCUACCCCCAGAUGCUUACAAAGUCCUGGAAGAGUAGAUAGGUUCACAAAUGACUGUACUUUGAAAUGGUAGAUAGGAAUCAUAAAAACCAGCAUUUAUUAAACACCUGUUAUCUGUA